AUGGCCGGAUCUGCUCCCAACCUCUACAGUUUCCCUAACAACGACGCUUUGGCCCAGCAAUUGAGGCCCUACGUCUUGCGGUGUCAGAACUCGGCCCUCAGCCGUCACAGCACAUUCCGCGUCGCAGUCUCUGGUGGCUCCCUUCCGAAAGUCCUCGCCCAAGCUCUGCUGGCCCCUGGAAAUGGCUCCCCCGAGGAUACCGCUCAGUUCUCCAAGUGGGACAUCUUUUUUGCCGAUGAGCGCGCCGUGCCCCUCGAUCACGAAGACAGCAACUACCGCCUGCUGAAGGAAGAGCUACUGAACAAGAUCCCCUCGGAACUGGGUGCCCCGACCGUGCACACGAUCGACGCCGAUCACGUCAACGAUGACGACCCGCAGGAGCUGGCGGAUCUGUACCAGGAAGAGCUGAUGCGCUCCUUUGCCGCCAAGGAUAGCGUCAAGCUGCCCGUUUUUGAUCUGAUCCUACUGGGAUGCGGCCCCGACGGCCACACUUGCAGUCUCUUCCCCGGACACGAAUUGCUGCGGGAGAAGGAUUCCUGGGUGGCUGCCAUCAGCGACUCUCCUAAGCCGCCCCCGAAGCGCAUUACUCUGACUUUGCCCGUGGUGACUCACGCCCUUAACGUCGCCUUUGUCGCUACUGGCGGUGGAAAGAAGGACAUCAUGAAGCAGAUCUUUGACGCUGAGGAGGGGAGAGACCUACCCUCCGCUCUCGUCAACCAGGGUGGUGGCGAGAAGGUGAGCUGGUUCACCGAUAAUGCAGCCGUGGAGGGAGUCGCUUUCCCCCGUCGUGGAAGCCUGUAA